UAUGUCUGAGGAGAAAGACUAUGAGAAGGAGGAGAAGCACCACAAGCACCUGGAGCUUCUCGGCGAGCUCGGCGCCGUCGCCGCGGGGGCGUUCGCAUUGUAUGAGGGGCAUAAGGCAAGGACCGAUCCCAAGCACGCGCACCGACAUAGGCUUGAAGAGGAGAUUGCUGAAACAGUUGCACUAGCCUGCGCCGGAUUUGCGCUCCAUGAGCACCAUGAAAAGAACAAGGCAAAGAAACACCACAAUUAG